AUGUGGAAGGGAGAUUUAGAGGACGGAGCAUAUCCAGCUGUACUGGACGGUCCAAGGUACCAAUGGAUCUUCAUUCGUAAAGUUUAUACCAUCAUUGCCAUACAACUUCUAGUUACAGUUGCGGUAGCAGCCGCAGUUGUCUCGGUCCAUUCCAUCUCAAGCUUCAUCGUGCACACUAAGGCUGGAUUGGCUGUAUACAUAGCUAUCAUUAUUGUUCCUUUUAUUGUCUUGUGUCCAUUGUAUUAUUGUUACCGGCUUCGUCCACUGAAUUAUCUUCUCCUCGGAAUUUUUACCACUGCUCUUGGAUUUCUGGUUGGACUUACAUGUGCUUUUACCAGUGGGAAGGUGAUUUUGCAAUCUGCCACUAUAACUUUUGCAGUUGUGGUUAGUCUUACUUUGUACACUUUCUGGGCGGCAAGGAGAGGUCACGAUUUCGGCUUCCUUGGACCCUUCUUAUCUGCUUCCCUGAUUGCUAUUCUACUGUUUGCUCUGAUUCAGAUUUUCUUUCCCUUGGGUAGGGUUUCUGUAAUGAUCUUUGGGUGCUUGGCAUCGAUCAUAUUCUGUGGAUACAUAAUAUAUGACACGGACAAUCUGAUCAAACGUUAUGCUUAUGAUGAGUAUAUUUGGGCUGCAGUUUCGUUGUAUCUGGAUGUCAUCAAUCUUUUCCUUAGUAUUCUAACUGUCUGCAGUGUGCAAGAUAGAUAA